AUGGCAGGGUGGUCGAUGGUAGCUGAUGGGUCCGCUUUAGAUUGCGCCAAAACCCCGAAAAAGAACGAGACGGACGGCUUCUCGGUCGAUCUUGAACCACAGUCGGAAGCUCCAGAACGCUGCGUUUUAGACGUGCCCCAUAAGCUCCGAUGCUGGUUCGAUCAGUUACUCGGGGUUUUUCUGAAAGAGAUCUCUGCCCAGGGCUUGCUUCGGCCUUUGCCUCCAAUGAUCGGUAAUGGGCAGCGUGUGGAUUUGCUUAAGCUGUUUUGGGUUGUGAGAAAGCGGGGUGGGUUCGAUACCAUUUCGAAAAUCAGGGUAUGGGAUUCAGUGGCUAAAGAGUGUGGCUUGGGUUGGGGUCUUGGCUGGGCUGUGAAGUUGGUUUAUGUCAAGUAUUUGCAUUUACUCGAGAGGGUUAUAGAAAAUAAGGCCUUGGAAUGGAGUGUGGAUAUUAGUGGCCUCGAUUUGACAGAGCAGUUCAUGGACUUGGAGGAUAAGCUUACAAAGGUUUUUCCGGAGAUUUCCGAUCAAAAGGUGAAAGAUGGGGGCUACCCGCAUGUUGAAUUGUCACCUAAGAAUUUUAAGGACAGUAAUGAGGUGGGAAGUGAGGUAGCAGAGUCAGAUAGGCUCAAGAAAAGUGUUGUUAGUGAAGCGUUCUUGGACUUGGAUUCAAGGAGGGAUGCUGGAAAGUUUUGCAAUGGUGAUGUGCCUUUGUCAGGUGGUGCCAUGAAAUGUACGGUUAAUUUAAUGAAUAAGAAUUUGGAUUUGACGAACAGCAUGGAGGAUGUCGGGAAAGUGUGUGACAAUGGUGAGGUAAGUGAGGUGGGGGAAUCUGGUAGAGGGAAGAAAUACAAUGAUUGUGAUGAAGCUGUGAUUUUUUUGGAUCCCUCUCCAGGUGAAGUGAGUUCUUUUCGUAAAAGGAAGCGAGGGCCAUCCUGUGGUAGUGAGGUGGGGGAAUCACGUAGAGGGAAGAAAUACAAUGAUAUUAGUAAUGAAGAUGCGGUGAUUUUGGAUCCCUCUACAGAUGAAGAAGCAAAUUCUUUUUGGAAAAGGAAGCAAGAAUCAUUGUGUGGAAUGCUGAAUUGGGUUAGAAUGAUUGCGAAGGAUCCUUGUGAUCCUGCAGUUGGUUCAUUACCAGAAAGGUCGAAGUGGAAGUCCUUUGGGAAUGAGGAGAACUGGAUGCAGGUUUUGUGGGCUCGAGAAGCCAUCUUUGUGAAGAAGCAUGCUGAUUCAGGUGCUGAACAGUCUAACUGGCAGAAGAAUCAGAGGAUGCAUCCAAGCUUGUACGAUGACCAUUUUAGCUCAUCUUACAAUCUUAGAGAGAGGCUAAGGUUGGAAAAGAAGCUUCUUUCUGGGGGGACAAUGCCACAAUCAAGAACCGGUUCAGAGUCAUCCUCGCCCAGUUAUAGUCCUGACAUGGCAGGGAUGGAGGAUCAGUUACUUGGAACCAAAUGGACUGGUGAGGCUUCUGAAAGUGAAUUGAAGUGGUUGGGGUCCAGGUUUUGGCCAUUGGAAAAACCAGAGCACAGAUAUCUAAUUGAGAGGGAUCCUAUUGGAAAGGGAAGACAAGAAUCUUGUGGCUGCCAAGUGUCAGGUUCUAUAGAAUGUGUCCGAUUUCACAUUUCUGAGAAAAGGUUAAGAGUUAAGCUAGAACUGGGGCCAGCUUUCUACCAUUGGGAAUUCAAUCAGAUGGGCGAGGAAGUUGGGCUCUCUUGGACAGUGGAAGAAGAAAAGAAGUUCAAGGACAUAGUAAAGUCAAAUCCUCCUUCUCUUGGGAUUACCUUUUGGGAUCAAAUAUUCAAGUCUUUUCCUAAGAAGAGCAGGAGAGAAUUGGUAAGCUACUACUUCAAUGUCUUUCUCUUGCACCGUAGAGGAUACCAGAACAGGUUUACACCAAACAAUAUUGAUAGUGACGACGAAGGAUUAGAGUCGGGAUCAGUAACUAAUGAAGUGGUUUUGAAGGGUUUUAGUGACAAACAUGGGCUUGGAAGCGCAGCUGUGGCGAUGAAAGCAGCAAUGAUGCUCUCUAAGUCUGGUUUUCGUGAUUUCAUCUUAUGA